AUGUCACUAAGAAUUGUCAUUUGUGGUGAUGACGCGGUGGGCAAGCUGACGCUUUUGGCCUCGCUUGUCAAGGAGGAAUACGUUCCUUCAGUGCAAGGCAUAAUACCGCCAGUGACCAUAUCUCGGGAAGACUACGUCGGUAUGAGUGAAAGCAUAUCUGAAGAUUCAGAAAUUGAUAAGGAUCCGUCGUCUUUGCUGCCUUAUAUACCCCAAGCGACGGUUAUUGUGGAUACUCAGGCGUCUGACCAGGUGACGCUAAACAAAGAGCUCAAACAAGCUGAUGUCAUUCUUUUGGUCUACCUGGACCACUACACGUACGAGAGGAUCCUGUUGUAUUGGAUGCCGUUGUUUAGAGCGCUGGGUGUGAACUUGCCGGUCAUUGUUUGUGCCAAUAAGAGUGAUCUCCAUGGACUGAGUGAAAAACCACUUUCGUUCAAGCAACAGAACGCUGAAGAGUUUGUUCCGCUUAUCAAUGAGUUUAAAGAGAUUGAAGCUUGUGUGAGAUGUAGUGCUAAGACAAGUGCUAACGUUGUGGAUGCUUUUUACUUGUGCCAAAGGGCAGUGACGCAUCCCAUUUCACCUAUAUUCGAUUCGAAGGAAGGUAAUUUGAAACCUGCGGCCGUGGAUGCGUUAAAACGUGUAUUUUUCUUGUGUGACGCUGACCAGGACGGGUACUUGUCGUUUCAGGAAUUCUCAGAUCUCCAUUCCAAGUGCUUUGGGCAACCAGCCUCACAGGAAGAGUUCAAUGACAUUGUGCUUAGCCUUAGCCAUAUGAUCUUGCCCCAAGAUGGUGAGCCUAGGGGUAUUUCCGAAAGCGCUUUCAUUAUCUUGAACAAAAUGUAUGCUGAAAAGGGUCGCCAUGAAACUAUCUGGGGCAUUCUCAGAGCCUUUCACUACACUAACUCACUUUCGCUUAACGAUAAGUUUCUCUUCCCAAACGUGGAAGUAUCUGAACACUCAAGUGUUGAGCUUAGUCCUAUAGGGUACCGAUUCUUUGUGGACUUGUUCUUGAAGUUUGAUAAGGAUAAUGAUGGUGGACUUAAUGAUGAAGAACUCGCAAACUUGUUCUUGCCAACUCCUGGUAUUCCAAAGCUCUGGAGGGAGUCCAAUUUCCCAUCGUCCAUUGUGUGCAAUGAGAGAGGCUACGUCUCCUUGCAAGGCUGGCUAGCCCAAUGGAACUUGACCACAUUCUUAGACCAUAAAACGACUUUGGAGUAUCUUGCAUACUUGGGAUUCGACGAGGGGAACUCUGUCAAGGCAAUCAGAGUAACGAAACAACGUAAGCUUCGUCAGAAACAGGGCAAGCAGUACCGGAGUGCUGUCAAUGACAGAAACGUCUUUAACUGUUUCAUCUUGGGUGCCCCACAAUCAGGAAAGACAUCUCUUCUAGAACAGUUCAUUAGAGGUACCUAUAGCGAGUACUACCUGCCAACAAUCCAACCCAAGAUCUGUGUCAAGGAUAUUGAGCUUCGAGGCGGAAAGCAGUGCUACCUUAUUCUUGAAGAACUAGGCCAACUCGAGCCUGCAAUUCUAGAAAACAAAAGUAUAUUAGAUAAGUGUGAUGUUCUUUGCUACACUUACGACUCCUCAGAUCCAGAUUCUUUCCAGUACCUUGUGGAUCUUAGAAAGAAGUUUCUGAAAUACUUGGACGAAAUCCCUUCUGUUUUCGUCGCCUUGAAAGCUGAUCUCGACAAGCAGCAACAAAGGUCGGAUAUUCAGCCUGAAAACUACACCAGAGACUUAUUUCUUGGGUCUCCCUUGCAUAUUUCCAGUUCCUGGACAACUUCGCUACACGAAUUAUUCAUUCAAUUGGUGGAUGCUGCUAAAACCCCGAGCAUUUCGACACCAGGAUUAGAAACACACCCGGAUACUACUGAUUUUGAAAACUUGAAACACUAUAUAAUUGCCGGAGGAGCCAUUGGAUUUAUGGCCAUCUUCUCUGUCUGGAUAUGGAGAAGUGCGCAGGUGCUGAAUCACUAG